ACCGUUCACGGGCGGGCCUCACUCAGGCCACACUCCCACUCCCACUCCCCUCCACCACCGUCCGUCGUAUCACCCCCGCCUCCACCGCGCCCCUCGCACGCCCAUGGCGGAAGUAGUACUAGUAGCGCAGCACCAGCACGCGGCCGCGGGGGGCGGCGACGCGCUGGCGCUGGCGGCAAUGCGUGGCCGCGGCGAGGUGGACACCUCCUCCCAGUUCGAGUCCGUGCGCCAGGCCGUCGGCCGCUUCGGCGGCGGCUCCGUCUCCCCGUGGCGCCACCCGCAGCCCCCGCCCUCGCCGCCGCCGCUCCAGCUCCGGCCAGAGGAGGUAGAACUUAUGAAAGUUGAGGAACAGACUGUCAAAGUCGAGAUGGGGCUCUUUGUUAAGGAAAGCGAAACAUUUAAAGUGCUGAAAGAGUUAGAGUCAACAAAGCAAGUUAUUGAUGACUUGAAGUUACAGAUAGAGAAGGUAACAUCAGAGUGUGGAAAUGCAGCAAAAUGCCAUGCAGAUACCAUGAAUAUACAUCCACCUCCUGAUAUAGAAGGGAAACUGGACGGCCACACCGAGCCACUGAUCCAGAGCAUAAAUACCGUACAGUCUCCAUUUACCACACUGAUGAAGCUGAAUCAGGCAAAAGCAUUCCUGAACAUGGAUACUGUCAAGAUGUUUAAGUGCCAGAUAGAGGAGGAGAAAGCAUCCCUUGAGAAAACCCGUGAAAGGUUGCAGUUGAAUAUGGAGAAAGCUUCAGCACUGGAAGCAGAGUUGAGCAAAACUGUCGCGCAGCUACAAGUCGCAAAAGACCCGAAACCUGUCCUUGAACCUUAUGAUAUAUGGCUGCAGAUGAAGCAGUUGAACGCUGAAAAAGAUAAGCACAGGAAGAUGGUCGAGGAUUCAAGAUUGGAGAUCGGUGAACUAACUUCCACAAUUGAGCACACAAGGUCUAAGGCGAAGACUCUUCAGUUCAGGAUCGUCAUGGCCGAAAAAUUGAAGGAAGCCUCAAGGACGGGGGAAGCUUUUGCCCUCGCGGAGAUGGGAAAACGGGGCAACAUGGAGGACCCAGAGAGUGCUACAUCCGACGUCACACUUUCUGUCGAAGAACACUCCAAACUUGUGCGUGAAGCAGAAGAAUCAGAGGUUGCCUCGAGGAACAGAAUAGGCGCGGCAAUGCAGGAGCUCGAUCAGGCAAACGAGGGCAAGCUAGAACUUUUGGAAAGAGUGGACGAGGCAAUGGCCGCCUUCGAGACCAGCAGGAAGGUCCUGGAGGAGGCCCUGAAGAGGGAGGAGGCCGCGAACAAAGCCAAGGUCGCAGCCGAAGAUGCACUCCGGAGGCUGCGGUCCGACCAAAUAAUCCUGAACUGGCGACCGACCGGCAACAGCAACAGCAACAGCAGUAAUGCUGUGAAGUUCAAGGCCUCAGCAACGCCGACAAUACCACGGAAGUCCGGCACGGGGAUCUACGACGUGAACGGCCUGAGCCUGGUGGCCACCACGCCCAAGAGCACCAAGGCCAUGUCCAUCGGGCAGAUCCUGAGCAUGAAGCUGGACUGCGAGUUCGAGACCGCCGCCACCGGGAAGAAGACCGCGGGGGCAGCGACGAAGAAGAAGAAGGUGUCGCUGGGGCAGAUGCUGAGCCAGAAGUACGACAUGUACUCGCCGAUGAGGAUCGACCACGACGGCGCGUCCCGCAAGCAGUUCCAACCCAGGAGGCGCAGGCUGGGGUUCGUGGUGUACGCGCUGCUCCUGGCCAGGCAGAAGCACAGGAAGAGGCAGCAGGCCCGGGCCUCCUCCUGCAGCGCCAAGGUCGUGUAGCGUUGUGGUUAGUUAUCUUCCCAGACCGUAGUACUACUACUUUAUUACGUACUACUUAGCUGCGUUAUUUUACAGAUGGAAUAAAAUGGAGUAAUAGUGCCUGUGUAAUUAGUCGGUACAGUGCUGUAUAUGCUAGUGUAAUCAAGGUGGAUGAUUAGCAGCUGCUCCUGGUUCAGCCUACAAUUUUGGUGUGUAAAACUAUUUCUCCAGGGGCUCGCUGAGGAAUACUUACCCAGGUUUGUUCA